AUGGGAAUCUCCGACUCACAGUCACCUACAAACAAUUUAAGCACAGCAAUACCCGACAACCGUCCCAUCAUUGUGUCGGGUCCCUCUGGCGUGGGCAAGAGUACACUGAACCAAAGGCUGAAGGAUAAUCACCCGGCCAUCUUCUCCUCGGCUGUCUCGCACACAACACGUAAGCCGCGACCUGGCGAGUCUGAGGGAGUAGCCUACUUCUUUCGCUCCCCGCCCGAGUUUCAAGCUAUGAUCAUGCAAAAUCAGUUCAUCGAACACACUUAUUUCAGCGACAACUACUAUGGCACAAGCAAGCAAGCCAUGACCACGUUGAUGAAUGAGGGGCUGACCCCCAUCUUGGAUAUUGAGAUGCAAGGCGUCUUCCUCAAGCCUCUAAGUCUCGAAAUACUCGAAAUGAGACUUCGAGCUCGCGGAACAGAAGAUGAGGCGAGCAUCUCGAAGCGUUUGGCGCAAGCCCAGCUCGAGCUUGAGUUUGCAGAGACUGGAGUUCACGAUAUCAUUAUUGUCAAUGAUGAUCUUGAAAGGGCAUAUAAGGAACUCGAGGAAGUCUAUUAG